UACUGGCUGCAUCAUGCGCUCGUGAGUCUUAACGUCUCUCUUGAGCAGCGUGGGAGCCAUCUGGUGACCCGUAAGGCAGAGGCGUCAUGUUUGGUGACGCUGCAGGGGUUGAUAGCAGAGACAGGGGCAGGAUCAGUUGUGGCAACUGCCCUGUAUGAGCCGUGGCUGAAGGAACGAGAUGACAACGUGUGGGAGACACUGGAAAAACAAGGAAUUAAGUGCCACGUCUACCACUCCUACUGUUUAAGAGACCCAUACACGGUCACCACGCGGGGUGUUGGACUAAGAGGUAUUGGUUCUGUUUCCCACUUCAUGAGCUGCUGUCAGCAGAAUCCUGUCAGUUCACCGAGUACUCCGCUGGAUUCCCCUGGCGCUCUGCCUGUUCCCUCAUCAUGGCCUCAGGGAUGCCCACUCGUAGACCUGGGGCUGGCACGUAUGCCCCGCAGAAAAGAUGGCACUGAGAUCGACUGGGCUGUGAACAUUCGGAGCUCAUGGGACUUCAGUGAGGAAGGGGCACAUGCUUGUCUUGAGGCUUUCCUACGAGAUGGUGUGUACCGGUAUGAGAAGGAGUCAAGUCGAGCAGAUUCCCCAAACACCAGCUCUCUGUCUCCCUAUCUGCAUUUCGGGCAGCUGAGUGCACGCUGGGUGUUAUGGGAUGCCCGUGGGGCUCGCUGCCGACCUCCGAAAUUCCAGCGCAAACUAGCCUGGAGGGAUUUGGCGUACUGGCAGCUUUGUCUUUUUCCAGACCUGCCCUGGGAGUCGGUCAGACCACCAUACAGGGCUCUCCGCUGGAGUUCAGAUCGUACCCAUCUGAAAGCAUGGCAGCGUGGGGGCACAGGAUACCCGCUGGUAGAUGCAGCAAUGAGACAACUGUGGCAAACCGGCUGGAUGAACAACUACAUGAGACACGUGGUGGCCUCCUUCCUCAUUGCCUAUCUGCAUUUACCUUGGCAGGAAGGAUAUCGCUGGUUUCAGGAUACGCUGGUAGAUGCUGAUGUGGCCAUAGAUGCAAUGAUGUGGCAAAAUGGAGGAAUGUGUGGUCUGGAUCACUGGAAUUUCGUCAUGCACCCUGUUGAUGCAGCGCUGACCUGCGACCCCUAUGGGAAUUAUGUGCGGCAGUGGUGUCCUGAACUAAAGGAUCUUCCUGAUGACCUCAUCCAUAAACCCUGGAAAUGUCCAGCCUCAAUGCUGCGAAGAGCAGGUGUGAUCUUAGGGGAAAAUUACCCAGAACGGACUGUUGUUGAUCUUGAGGAGCGACGUGCACAGUCUCUUCAGGAUGUCACGUCUGUGAGAAGGUGUUUUAAAGAGUUUGUAGACCAGCGCUCAGGCUGUGAUCUGGUCCCUCUGCCUCCCAGACUCGUGCAUGAAGCUUUAGAUGGUAGAGAGGACGUUAUGAUUUGUGAAGGAUCGGGGUUCCUCCUUCCAGUAAUCACACGCAUGGAGUUCAAACAUCAGUUUGAUGGUCCAGACGGUCAAAGCAACCCGCACAGUGCCGUGUUAAAGGGUUACGUCAGCCGUAAGCGUGAUGAAACGAUCGCUUUUUUGAACGAGCGAGACUUUACGGCAAGUGUGAUGAGUGAGAACGCACAGCGUAGAGAGAGGUUAGAGAGAGACUGUCGUCUUCUGGAGGGUCUGCCUCCCCCCACAGCAUCACGAGGACGGGCCAGGCGGACCUCAACCAGAGACACUUACAGCAAAGUGCCUGGAGGUGUCACCAUUCCCCACAAAUAACAGAUUAACUGUAAACCUUUCCACUCUUUUAAAAUGAUUGUGGUUACAUUUGUUACAAUGAGGAAUAUUUAUUGAAACUUUCUUUACUUUGGUUGGUUUUUAUUCUACAAAGAAUCUGUUUAGGUUUUUUUCACUCAUGCCUAAGCUAGUAUUGCUUGUAUCUCAGGUAGGGGUGUCUCAAUAUACCGGUAUUGACAAUACCAUUACAUAAACCCCAAAUGUUUACAGAUAUCACGGAAAUACCACACAUGUCAAUAUCGUAAAAAAUCAGCAACCAUUGACAUUUUUACCUUAAGAGCCAGAGUGGUGUUUUUCUGUCUCUACUCUUGUUUUUUUUUAGUAUAAUUUAUUGACAAAAA